AUGGCGCUGACAGAGUACGUGUUCUCGCCAUCGGCCGCGCUGGCUAUUGUUGGCUUGAUAUUGUCAUCUUACAUUUUCGACUACUUUGUGACGAAUGGAAAGCUGCGCGGGAUCCCAGCGCCGUUCGGCGCGCAGUUUUCGAAUUUAUGGCUAUUGAUGGUUUGCCGACGAGGAGAUCGAUUCAAGACCGUCGACGAGUACCAUGCGAAGCUGGGCAAAGUAGUGCGCAUACAACCGAACCAUGUUAGUAUCGCAGACGAUGCAGCGAUUCCUACCAUCUAUGGUCACGGUAAUGGAUUUUUGAAAUCCGAGUUUUAUGAUGCUUUUGUGUCCAUUCGCCGUGGCCUGUUCAACACACGAGUCAGGCACGAACACACCCGAAAGCGAAAGAUGGUCUCUCACACCUUCUCUACCAAGUCUGUGGUUCAAUUUGAGCCGUAUAUUCAUGAGAACUUGGACUUGUUUGUGCGACAGCUUGACAAGCUGGUUGAGCAAAGCUCCCACAGGACACAGGGUGGGAAGCCGGAAGCACACCUUGAUGCACUAUUGUGGUUCAACUUUCUCGCUUUCGAUGUUAUCGGUGACUUGGCAUUUGGCGCGCCGUUUGGAAUGCUUGAAAAAGGGGCAGACGUCGCCGAGAUUAAGUCAUCGCCAGAUAGCCCACCGAUCUAUGCCCCGGCUAUCGAGAUUCUGAACCGAAGAGGGGAAGUGAGCGCAACGCUGGGUUGCUAUCCGCAACUCAAACCAUACGCAUCCAUGCUUCCUGACCCGUUCUUCAGCCAGGGUCUGAAAGCUGUACAGAAUCUCGCUGGGAUUGCUAUUGCUCGAGUCGAAAGCCGAGUUGAGAAUCCUCCAGACGUGGACCGUAAGGAUUUGCUUGCCCGGCUCAUGGAAGGCAAAGACGACAAUGGGCAACCUCUUGGUCGUGAAGAGUUGACUGCCGAAGCACUGACACAGCUGAUUGCCGGAAGUGACACGACAUCCAAUUCCUCCUGCGCUCUUAUGAACUACCUGAUCCGCGACCCGCGUGUUUUACAGAAACUUCAAGCUGAGCUCGACGCCUCGAUCCCCAAACAUGUCGAUGUUCCAACAUAUGACAUGGUUCGUGAUCUUCAGUAUCUUGGAUGGGUUAUCGACGAAGCCUUGCGUCACCACAGUACGUCUGGCAUUGGACUGCCGCGUCAAAUUCCACCCGAGUCCCCCGGUGUUGUCAUCCAGGGAUAUUUCUUCCCCAGUGGUACCGUUCUUAGCGUGCCCACCUACACCGUGCAUCACUCCAAGGACAUCUGGGGAGAAGAUGCGGACGAGUAUAAGCCUGAGAGAUGGGAGAAUGUCACAACCAGGCAAAAGAACGCCUUUAUUCCUUUCAGCCACGGGCCGAGGUCUUGCGUGGGACGAAACGUGGCAGAGAUGGAGAUGAAGCUGAUUUUGGCCACUUGGGCAAGACGCUACACGGUUACUCUCCGACAGGGACCAAUGGAAACCAGAGAAGGAUUUCUGAGGAAGCCUCUGGGCUUGGAGGUGGGCCUAUCACGAAGGUAG